CCAGUACUGGUGCUGUGGUCAAUCUCUUCUUCAGUUCAUCAAAACUCUUUUGACAUGAUUCAUCCCAAACAUACUUAGUAUUCUUCCUCAACAGUUUAGUCAAUGGUGCAGCAAUUUUAGAAAAUCCUUCGACAAACCGCCGAUAAUAACCAGCCAUGCCAAGAAAACUUCUCAACUCCGACACAUCUUUUGGUGGAGUCCAACUCACCACUGCUUCCACCUUUUUCGGAUCCACCUCGACACCUCUUCCAGAAAUUACAUGUCCCAGAAAUUUUACUUCAGCUUAUCAUCCUCAAACAGAUGGGCAGAGUGAACGAACCAUCCUAACCUUGGAGGAAUUACUUCGAUCAUGUGUAAUGCAAUGGGAGGAAUCAUGGAUUGACCAUUUGCCCUUAAUUGAGUUUGCUUACAACAACCAGUACCAUAGUAGCUUGGGUGUCCCACCAUAUGAAGCACUUUAUGGGAGGAAGUGUAGAACACCAUUAUGUUGGGAUGUAGAAGGAGCAAGGCAAAUCUCAGGGCCAGAGAUAGUUCAGAUCACCGUUGACAAGGUCAAGGAAAUCAGGGAGCGGUUGAGGGUGGCUCAAGAUCGACAGAAAGUUUAUGUUGACACGAAUAGGCGUGAAGUUAAUUUCGAAGUGGGUGAGAAAGUAUUUCUCAAAGUGUCACCAUGGAAAGGGGUGAUGAGAUUUGGUAAGAAAGGGAAACUUGCACCUCGGUAUAUUGGACCCUAUGAAAUCACAGAGAAGAUUGGACCCGUGGCAUAUAAACUAGCAUUGCCUCCAGAGUUAUCCCAAAUCCACAAUGUAUUUCAUGUUAGUAUGCUGAAGAGGUACAAAGUGGAUCCUUCCCAUGUCAUACAACCAGAAGAGAUCGAGUUGGGUACAGAUUUAACAUUUGAAGAAGUCCCAGUGCAGAUUGUUGACCAUCAGGUUAAAACUCUUCGUAGAAAGGAAAUUCCAAUGUUGAAGGUUGUGUGGAGGAAUCAAGAUAGUGAGAGUGCUACCUGGGAGACUGAAGCAAGUAUGCGAGAGAAGUACCCUGAGUUGGUAGCAACCUACUUUGCAGGUUAACAAUCUUGCUUAGUAAGUUAUGUUUUGAACUUGCUGACGUGUUUUUGUUGUGAUAGCCCAGUAUAGGUUUUUGAAACCUAAACAUGGGAACUUGAGGUGUUAUGUGUUACCUUCUAUGUUAUGAAUUGCCUGACCUAAGAGUUAGGUAAUGACUUUAUGUGUGAUAGACCAAGUUAAGGGUUAGUAAGAGGAGUUAGAGUACGACUCAAGGUUAGAUUUCGGGGACGAAAUCUUUGAAGGAGGGGAGAAUUGUAACAUCUCGUUCCGACAAAACUCAUAUUUCGAUCGCUAGAAAGUUCGCGAUUUAAAAUCGAGCAUUUCAACAGUAUUUCGGCGAAAAUCGGAUUAUCGAUCGAUCGGAUAAGUAUACGUAUUAAUUAUAUAAUAUAUAUAUAUAUAUAUAUAUAUAUAUAUAUACUAGUAAAUGGUCGAUAGAAGCAGAGCCAUUUCUUCUUCUUCUUUCAUCUCGGUGGAGAGAAAGCCGAGAGCAGAGCACGCGCAGAGCGCUCGGCCAAAAUUCCAAAGCUCAAAUUCUUGAGCCCUAGUGAUCCAAAAAUCCCGUAAGUAAUGCCUAAUUCAUCUAUUCAUCGUGUUUUAUCGAUUUAGAGCUUUAAAACGAGUUUUUGGUUCAGGAAUUUCUUGAAUUCCCGAUCUGCCAAAUUAGGGUUUCGGAGUAUCCGGAAGCCGGAUUGAGCCCAAAUUUCAUAUACGAGCUUCCUGCAGCGAGGUAAUCAAUCCUCUAGUUCUAAUCCCUGAAUUUUAGCUAUUAUUUAGGUCGGAGCCGGAACCGCUGAAUUUAGCUCCGGCCAGGGUUUGAUGUGUUUUUAUCGAGAAUUUGACCCGGAGCCCAGAACUAAUAUUGACGGGGAUACUGCAGGGGAUAUUAGGACUGUCUCGGAUUUUAAUUCGGGGUUCGUUCGUGAAAUUGAUGUUUUAGUACCGGAGGCUAGAACCGGUGUUUGAACGACCAGAACUGGUGAGGGAUUAGCACGGCAUACCGGGUUUGUCGUAUCACGAUAAUUAUAUUGAUGCUUAGAAUUGAUCUAGGUGAAUUAGAAUGACAUGAUUAGGGGUGUAUGAGCUUUUAUGCUAUAUGAUGAACCAUGGAUUGUUGUAUGAUAUUAUUGACUUGCCCUAGCCGAUAUGAACCUUGUUUAUGUUGAUGAUUGCAUACAUGUUGCCAUUUGUGGCUUAAUUGUUGAUAUGACUUCAUGGUUGUUCGAUAAGGGGUUUUGACAUGGUGUGAUAUUAUGGUUGUAUUUGGAUCCAUAAGUGGGGGAAUAAACUUCCCAGGGUGAUAUUAUGAUGUUUAAGGAGGAUGACUUGCACGAGGGUUUAUCCCGAGGAAGUGCAAUUAUACGACUCCUGGUUUACCUAUGUUGAGCCAAUUAUGGGCAGGUCAAGUACAUGUGCAAGUAACGAAUUAUGAUUAAGCAAGAUGAUAUAUGAAUCAUGUAUAAGGAUACCAAAUAUGAGUGUUGUGGUCUCACGGUCAACUACAUAGUAAUUAGGGCUCCCUAUGCUAUUACUCUAUUAUGAUAUGUAUGAUAGUCACACCUCUCAUGUGGUGGUGACUGAAGAAUUCUUACGAGAUAUGACCACACCCAGAGCGGUGUUGGGGUAUGACUACACCCAUAGUGGUGUGGGGUAUGUAUGACCACAUCCGACGGGAUGUUGGGGUAUGUAUGACUACAUCCGACGGGAUGUGGGGUAUGUUUCCCGGGAGAGUUAUUAGCAUGGGAGUAGCCAGGCGCCUAUGAUUAAAACAUGAUAAGAUGC